AUGAUGGACUUCCUCUCACAGCUGGACCAAAUCUCACGACCCUUUCCAUUGGGAUUCCGUUAUAAACAUCACAGCGAGAACAGAUCACAGAAGAAAACAGAGCGACUGACAGAGUGCGUAGAGUACGUGUUCAUCCUCAUCCUGUCGUGUCGACCCUCGUAUAAGCUUGAACAAGUGAAGUGUCUGAUCUAUAGGAGGAUGAGUUUGGUGAGAAUCUCUUUCUGGCCUACUGCAAAAAUGUUUAAUUUCCAUAAUGAUUUCAAAGAGGAAAACAGCAAAACACAGCCUUCGUGUCCCAUGGAAAAUGGUGGUGUUUAUGUAAAGUUUUCUAAAGAGAAAUGCCAACUGAAUUCCCCAUCAGACAAACUAAAGCAGGAGUUGGAGAAAGAGCUGAAAUUGAGCAGCAGUAACUUAUCAAGUCAUGGCUGGUACCAUGGUCGUAUACCUUGGGAGGUGUCUGAGUCUCUUGUGCAACAGAACGGGGACUUUCUAGUCCGUGACUCCCUCAGUAGCAUUGGGGACUAUGUCUUAACCUGCCAGUGGAACCAGAAUGUUCUUCAUUUCCUCAUCAGCAAGGUUCUGAUCAGAUCUUAUGACGCAUCUACACGAGCGCAGUAUAUUCUGGAGGAGGAAACCUUUGAUUCUGUGCUGACGUUGGUUCAUUCCUAUGUUGGAAGUAAAAGGCCUCUGACAAAGAAGAGUGGUGCGUUGAUUUACUCACCAGUUUACAGGACACUUCCACUAAGACACCUAGAAACCAUGUUUGGGCUACCAAGUGUGGAGAGCAGCCCAGUGAACUCACCAACCAGGCAGAAAGGAAGCCAGAAGAAGAGGGAGAGCAUAACUGUGACGGAGGCUUUGGAAAUUGAGCUGAUAAGACCACAAAGGUGA